AUGAAGCCACAUAUUUUCGAACAGAUCCUAGGCAAAGAGAAUCCCGACGCCGUGCCUGCCGCAGGAAUCGUUGAUUUCUGGUACCCGUUCCUCGAUGCGCCCGAGAAGCCGAGUACCCAGGUUUCAAGUGCAAAUCUUCACCAUUUCGUCUUGCCUGUGUUUUGA